UACAUACCAAAGACUAUGGGAAAGAAAUGCUGAAUGAGUUCUGUUAAAAUACCAUCUUUGAAAACUGUUUCCAUUCAUUUACAGAUUCAAUCUCCCCCCAAAAAAGUCUACCUUGUUCUUUGUUGUUAAUAAAUGUAGACCAGAUUGAAACGAGUUUACUCAAAAGAAGUGUGAGGUUGAGGGAAUGGAUUUGACCUUCGUUGCCAAACUCCUGUGGUGCCUCAUGCAGUGAAAGUGAAUUCUCAGAAGACACAAGGCAGGGAGAAAACUUGGAACAGGGCCCUGUUCUCUGGAAAUGGAGUUGCACUUUUCAUCUGCUUAAAAAAUGUUCUGAAAGGACAAGCUGUUUACUGCAAUCAAAGGGUCUUAUUCAGAGCAUAGGAACACCAUGUGUCACUUUGCUUGCCAGAUUAUUUCUGGGUUUCAGAAAUCAACCGCAGUGCAAAGGUGGUAAAAGGCAAAUACUGCAGUGCUGUGGAACAGAUAGGAUACAUCAAACUUGAUCAGAACUCCUACUUCCAGAGCCUCAGACAUAUCAGAAAUCAAAUUAAAGGAGUGGUUUUCAUUCCUACUGUCUCUGGGGAGGGAGAAAGAUGUGAUGAGUUUGGUCUCUUACAGAGAUGGAGCAAGGACUGAACUGGGGUAGUUUUCACAUGCUUCACCUGCUUUCAGAAUCUGGAUGUAAGGGGAAUUGUGCUUGUGCUGCUCCUCUGCUUGUGAUGCCGGGCUGGGACGCUGCUCAGUACAGAAUUGGGAGGUAAUGGGCAAAGAGGGCUUGUUGCCCAGAACGCCCCCCCAAGAUUGGCAGCAAUUUGCCAUUCUGGUUUCUGCAGCCUUGCGGUGGUGUUGGGCUGAUAGAAGAGGCUGGGAUUGUCUGUGGAGUCCCUGCGGUGCUUUGGGAAUCCGGAUGGUUGGGUCUCUUCUCCUUUCUUCUGGUUGCAGAGUUGCUGCAAUAGCACCAAGAUAAACAAGAUCCUAUGAGGACUUGCCCCUCCGUCCUCCCUCACAGAUGGAAGGCUCCAAGGAAAAAAUCACCCUGAAUAUUGGGGGAGUCAGAUAUGAGACAUACAGCAGCACCCUCCGGACCUUCCCAGGGACUAAGCUGUGCAGCCUAACAGAGCCCCACGCCCCAAGCAUCUACGACUAUGAUCCCACCACCAAGGAGUUCUUUUUUGAUAGGAGUGCUGAGAUCUUCAGCUAUGUGUUGAACUAUUAUAGGACCAAACAUUUCCACUGCCCCACUGAUACCUGUAGGUCAGUCUUAGAAGAAGAGUUGGCUUUCUGGGAAAUAAAUGAGGCACAGCUAUCAUCCUGCUGCUGGCUGAAGCUGAAUAAAAAGGAGGUGCAGCCAGAGGAGUUAAACAUUUGGGAUGAAAAUGAACAGACGGAUGACCAGUGCCUCAUAGUCCAGACAGAAAGAAGGGAUUUCAGCUGGCGAACCAGGUGGCAGCCAAAGAUUUGGUCUAUGUUUGAAAAACCCUUUUCCUCUUUCAGUGCUAAGUGCUUGGCUCUUGUUUCUCUGCUGUUCAUCGUUGGAAUUGUCAUCAUAUUCUGUGAGGAGACCAAGGCGCAGUUUGAGUUCUUUACUGCUAACUUCUCCUCCAGUGGCCAUUCUGAGCUCUCCCACAACGACCAUGACCACUAUUACCACCAGGCUGCCUACUUGCUUCAUCUGGAGCUUUUGUGUGUCCUCUGGUUUACUUUUGAGUUUUCUGUGCGAUUUUGUUUCUGCCCAGACAAGAAGUUGUUCUUCCAAAAUCCCCUGAACGUGGUUGACUUCCUCUCCCUCUUCCCAGUUUAUAUUGAACUCUUUGUGGCUGGGCAGAUUCAGAGAAUGCCAAGCCUGGGACUUUGGUUGGGCUUUGUUCGCGUUGUCUAUCUCCUCAAACUCCUGAAGAUAUCCAAGCUGAUAGAAACACCACUGAUCCUCAGGGUUCUGUCCUACACCCUCAAAUCUAUCCUCAGAGAGAUUUGCAUUCUGUUGAUGAUUUUGGCCUUUGAGACUCUCUUCUUUGGCUCUCUCUUCUUCUAUGGGGAAUUGCUGGGUAGUCAUCCUUCCUACACAGGGGAGUUGCACAUUGCUGACAUUCUUGUUUGCUUCUGGUGGGCUUUGAUCACACUCACAACAGUGGGCUAUGGAGAUAUUAUCCCUCUCACCACAUUUGGCCAAGUGACAGCAGCCUUAGCUGCAGUAUUUGGCAUGUUAACCAUUACCAUCCCAAUACCCAUUUUCCUGGUGAAAUUUAAAAGCUAUUACGACAUUGCUAUCUUCAAACAGAAGCUGAAAAGGAGCAAGAAACCAUAGUGCUUCAUACCCUCUGUUCCUCUUUGCUUUUGGCAAUAAACCUUCAGCAUGAUUUAUGCCCUUUGGUGGGAAGGGAGUGCAGAUAGUUCUUACUGGAUUUACCUGCUGCCUCAGUGUAUCUCAAACCACUGCUGAGGCCUCAAGCUGCAGUACUUGAUACACAACUGAUCAGACCUGUCAAAUCCCACAGGUCUUUCCCAUGUUGUACUUCAUUCCAUGCUUUUAAAUGUCACAGUUUCUCAUCUAGCUGUUUGGAGACAGGCUGUGAUGCUGCAUUACAGCCUGAACGUGCACCACAUAGCUCAGUUCCACGACCUGGGGCCCCAGCACACUCCCUCAGCUGGCACACAACCUGUGAUGCCAGCGAUGCCUCCAUCGCCUGACAGACAAUAAUCUCAAUUUGCAUGCUGGGAAAAAAGAUUUUUGCAUGGUCCUGCUCUGACAGUGAGGAGCAAACAUGUUGGUUUUUUUUUUUUAAACAAUGUUCUGUUCCCUCAUUUUACCCAAACAAGCCAGUGCAUCUGAUUUGCCUGUGCUCACACACAGAGGUAAGGAAGGCAGCAGGCUGAACUGAGUACCUGUGGUCCCGAGAGCCAUCACUGUUUGAUAACCUACUUUGCGAUCUCACAGGAAGCCACAGAAUUAUAGAAUCACAGAAUCAAAGAAUGGUUUGGGUGGGAAGGAACCUUACAGCCCCUCCAGUGCCACCCCCUGCCCCGGGCA